AUGGCAGACUCCUUUGGCAUCUUUGCCAAGAAAACCCCAAGCGGGAUCCUGAAGAAUCAAAGAUGGCAAGUUGAGCCCAUGGGCAGUACCCCAUUGGACCUGAUGAAGAAUCUGAGGCUCAAAGCGAAUGCAGUGACGUCAGAGGUCAAAAAGCACGUGUCACAAAGCCCCGUCAAAUCAACGCCACUAGACAAGCCUGUAGCCGCUGCCCUCUCGGGCCCAGUGCCUGCCGACCUUUCCGAGAGGCCAGAGCAGCCCUGGCCGCCCCCGGGGCUGGCCGAGGCACUGGCCGCGUUGGAGCUGGACGGGGAGCGAGAGUACCCGAGAGAUCUCUUCCUCAGUGUUAUGGCAGGUCUGGCGCUCCCCAAGGUGGAUUUGCCUCUAGGGGUGACGGCGGAGAUGCGUGCCCUCGUGGUGGACUGGCUGGUGCAGGUGCACGAAUACCUGGGCCUGGCUGGGGACAAGCUCUAUCAGGCCGUGCACCUGCUGGAUUCGUACUUGCGCGUGGCACCCGUGCGGCUGCGCCGCCUGCAGCUGCUAGGGGUCACCUGCCUCUUCGUGCCGUGCGAGGUGGAGGAGAGUAGCUGCCCAGAGCCAGCUCUUCUGUGCCUCCUGGGCGCCGGCUCCUUCUCACCCGCCGAGUUGCUCCGCGCCGAGCGGCGCCUUCUAAGUCGCUUGAACUUCCAGCUCUACUCCCCAGGUCCCUUGCUCUGCCUGGGCCUGCUGGCCGCCUUGACCCGGAGCCCGCCUAGGGUUGCGCUCUUGGCCACCUAUUUCUUGGAGCUCUCUGUCCUGGAGGCUGAGGCUGAGGCUGCGAGCUGGGAGCCGGGGCAUAGGGCUGCCGCAGCCUUAGCCCUGGCCCAGCGCAUGCUGCAGCACGAAGUCGGAGAAGUCCCCGCAUUGGCCCUUUACAGCAAGGCGGAGUUGGGCCCCAUCGAACCCUGUACGAUUCGUGUGGCUCUGCGGGGUCCUGCCCCGGGCCGGGCUGCAGUCUUUCUCAAGUACCCCCGUCCCCAGAGGCAGUGUAUCAGCCUUACCGCCGCCCGCUUGCUCUCCAGGUCCUGCAUCGCGCCUCCCUGA